UGCCCGACAUUAUCUUCAUCCUGACUCCGCAGGAAAGGAGGCUGAAAUGACGGAUGCGAGCAUGGAGGCGACACCCGGGGACGGUUUAUUUACACCAGGAGAGCCGCUUUAAGUUGUGUCCCCCUCCCUCCUCUACUUUACUUUAACCGACCCCCCCCUCCCCUCCUCCUCCGCUGCUAGAAAUUUAUAAAGAACAAAAAAUCCGCCGAGUGAGGAAGGGAGGGGGGGUUUGAUAUGCACCGAGGCUGAAACCGAGAGGCGAACCCAGGGAAAGAGGAGUAAUCUCUACUCGGGACUUUCCCCCUCUUAGUGCCCCAAACGGAGGGGGAAAAGUCGCGCACUCGGCGGCGAUCAGGAAUGGGCAUGUAAAGGCGUGGAAACGUCUGUAAUUCUGGAUACUUUAUAUAUUUUUAUUCCGAAAAAACAUGGCCGAGAACGUUCUGGACUCUGGCCCGCCUUCAGCCAAGAGGCCUAAACUCUCAUCUCCGGCACUUUCCGCUUCUGCCAGCGAUGGAAACGAUUUUGGGACGCUGCUAGAUUUGGAGCAUGAUCUCCCAGAUGAACUUAUCAUCCCCAGUGAGCCGGUUCUGGUGAAUGACGGGGACCUUAACCAGCUGAGCAGCACCUUGGGAAGAGGACCUGGAGGCGGCAAUGGGACCGCAGGAGGAAUGGGGCUUGGGUUCGGCUCAGGAGGGGAACCUGGGGGUGUUGUUGGGGGCCAAGAUGCCGUGGCUAAGCACAAGCAGCUGUCGGAGCUUUUGCGGACAUCCACCUCAAGUCAACAAGGGCAUCAAGGAGCAAUGGGCGGCUCUGGCGGCCCUUCGGCGAUGGCGCAACACUUAGCCAACCUGAAGGCAUCGUCAGGUCAAGGGCCCCAGCAGAUGAUGGGGCAGCAGAAGCACCUCUCCCCACAGCAGCAGGCUAACAUGAUGCAGGGCCAACAGCCUGGAAUGAUGGGCAACAGAGGCAUGAUGGGCAUGCAGCAGAAAGCCAAUAACGGACAGCAGCAGCCGGGUAUGAUUGGGAAUCAGGUGAUGAACGGCUCCCCCAGGAUGGGCUUCAGUAAUCAGGGGAUGGCCGGCAGCGGCAACAUGUUGGCCGACAAUCUCCAGCAGCAGGGACCCGGAGGGCUGAGGGGGCAACAGCACGGAGCGAUGAACAAGCCUGGAAUGAUGGGCGGCCCGGGGGGCUCAUUUGGAGCUCCAUACGGUGGUCAAGGAGGUCAAGGUCUAGGAGCCGCAGGGCUGAGCUCUCAACUCCAGAACAAGUCUCCGUUGGGUAACAGCCUGGCCCAGUUCGGUGUGGACAAGAAGAACCAGCCACUGCAAGGAAUGAGUGCCAUGCAGUCACAGACAGGUGUAGGUGGUCCAGCAGGUGCACCUGUGGGAGGAGCACAAGGUAUGGUCCCCAGCGCGCAGGCAGGUCUAGCAGGAUACAACCCCCAAGCCUCUGCGGCAUCCGCUGCAGCCGGAGCGCCUCCUACAGCCGACCCUGAGAAGCGCAAGCUGAUCCAGCAGCAGCUGGUUCUCCUACUUCAUGCACAUAAGUGCCAGCGGCGAGAGCAGGCCAAUGGGGAGGUUCGACCCUGCAACCUGCCCCACUGUCGCACCAUGAAGAAUGUCCUGAACCACAUGACCCACUGCCAGGCUGGCAAGUCCUGCCAAGUGGCUCACUGCGCCUCCUCCAGACAGAUUAUCUCCCACUGGAAGAACUGUACGCGGCACGACUGUCCUGUUUGCCUGCCGCUGAAGAAUGCCGGGGACAAGAGGAACCCGCAGUGUGAGUCUCUGCUAAGCGUAGCCAGUUCAGGACUGGGAAGCUCACUUUGUCCCGUUCCUGGUGGCCAGCCCAGUACGCCGAACAUCACCCCACCCAGUCAGAUCGACCCCAGCUCAAUAGAAAGAGCCUACGCCGCCCUGGGGCUCACCUACCAGGGAAACCAGAUCCAGGGUCAGACUGGUCAGCCCAACAUGCCCAACCAGGGCCAGGCUGGCAUGAGGCCUCUCAAUACAAUGGGUGUCAAUCAGAUCGGAGUAAACGGCAGUGUUGGUGCCUCCCCUCAGAGUCAACAAGGCAGUUUACUGCAGGACGCCAUGAUGCAUAGUAACGUGAAUAACCUAAGCUUGAUGAAUGAUGCUGUAGGAAUCGGAUCGAUGCCUACGGCGGCCCCUCCCUCUGCCACGGGUAUAAAGAAAGGUUGGCAUGAAGACAUCACACAGGAUCUCCGAAACCACCUGGUACACAAGCUUGUCCAGGCCAUCUUUCCUACGCCGGAUCCGGCUGCGCUAAAGGACCGGCGAAUGGAGAACCUGGUGGCCUACGCCCGAAAAGUUGAGGGAGACAUGUAUGAGUCAGCCAACAGUAGAGGUGAGUACUAUCACCUGUUGGCAGAAAAGAUCUAUAAGAUUCAGAAGGAGCUAGAGGAGAAAAGGAGGACACGGCUGCAGAAACAGAGUCAGACGAUUGGGCCUAACAUGGGCCAGGCCCCCCUUGGUUUGUCUCAAAACGGCCCCCUCCCCGACCCAUCAAUGGUGCGGCCGUCUGGACCCGGUCAGAUGCUCAACAGGAUGCAAGGCGCGGGUAUGAACCAGUUUAAUCAGAUGGGGAUGCCGUCUAUGGGUCAGAGAUCCACGCCGCCUCUUCCUAUGGGAGCCUCUGGGAACCAGCUUGGAAUGGUUGGGCCCAGAGUGGGACAGCCCAACGUCAACCAACUGCAGAACCAGUAUCUGUCCCAUGGACAGUUUCCUGGGUCAGCACCUGGAGUUGGAGGGCCUCAGCCUGGAAUGGCCCAGCCAGGAGCCCAGGGUGGCAUGGCACAGAUGGGAACUCCUCCGUCCCUCUCGGUGGGCAGUCCUCUCGGCCAGCCUGGUUCGGUCAGUGGCCCCAACGGGGUCCCUUCUGUGGGGCCAAUGGGUCCACAGAGUGUCGGAGGUCUAAACUCAUCCGUUGGCACCCCCACUUCAUCCAUCACAAACCAACAAGCGAACUCCAUCCCCCAUCUGGGACCCAUGCGCGGCAGCUCUCCCUCCCCGGCACACAGUCGAUCCCCCACUCCCCACCAAACGCCUCCCAGACUAGCAGGGUCCCAGACGCCACAGCCGCAUACCCCUAAUGCCCCACAGUUGGCCCCGCCUUUAUCGCUUCAGCAGAAUCAGCUCAGCCAGGGGCCCGGAUCCAACAAACCUCUGCAGCAGCAACACAUGGGGUCCUCGGGCUCCACCACUCCGUCUCAUCCUGGACUGGCCUCCAGCUCGACGCCACAUGCUGGACAGCUCCCCCGCACUCCGUUGUCCCAGAAGGGCUCCUAUCCAGCAGACAGUCAGGCGAUGACCCCCGCCUCCGUCAGCAGCCUGGACGCUUCCUCCCAGCAGCCACAGUCGAACGCCUCCGCCACCAACCUCGAACCCAAGAUGGUGGUCGGGCAUCAGGAAGAGGAGGAGGAGAGCGACGCGGGCAGCUGCUCCAAAGGAGGGAAGCUCAGCAACCACAAGACGGAGGAACAACCUUUCAAAUCAGAGGUGAAGAAAGCAGAGGGUUCUGGAGACGGAGGUAAAGCAGUCCCCAUGGAAACGUCAACGGCAGGAGUGAAGAUUGAAGACAAGAAACCGGAGGUGAAGAAGGAGGUGAAAGAGGAGGAGACUUCAGAGGCAACGGUUCCACAGGCGCCUGUGAAAAAGAAGACCUUCAAGCCAGAGGAGCUCCGUCAGGCCCUCAUGCCGACACUGGAAUCUCUUUACAGACAAGACCCUGAAUCUCUCCCGUUCAGGAUGCCCGUCGACCCACAGCUGCUCGGCAUACCGGACUACUUUGACAUAGUGAAGAACCCAAUGGACCUGUCCACUAUCAAGAGAAAGCUAGAUACAGGUCAGUACCAGGAUCCCUGGCAGUAUGUUGAUGACAUCUGGCUGAUGUUCAACAACGCCUGGCUCUACAAUCGCAAAACUUCACGGGUCUACAAGUACUGCUCCAAGCUGGCCGAGGUGUUCGAGCAGGAGAUUGACCCGGUCAUGCAGGGACUCGGCUACUGCUGCGGGCGAAAGCUGGAGUUUUCUCCACAGACGCUGUGCUGCUAUGGGAAGCAGCUUUGCACGAUUCCCAGAGAUGCUGUUUACUUCAGCUACCAAAACAGGUACCACUACUGCGAGAAGUGUUUCAACGAGAUCCAGGGAGAGACGGUUUCCCUGGGCGAUGACCCCACCCAGCCACAAACCUCCAUAAACAAGGAUCAGUUUGAGAAAAAGAAAAAUGACACACUGGACCCAGAGCUGCUGGUUGAAUGUAUGGACUGCGGACGCAGGAUGCAUCAGAUCUGUGUUUUGCACAAUGAAACAAUAUGGCCGUCCGGUUUUGUUUGUGACGGCUGCUUAAAGAAGAAGAAUAAGACGAGGAAAGAGAACAAGUAUUCUGCUAAAAGAUUACCCCAGACUAAGUUGGGCAGUUUUCUGGAAGGGAGGGUAAACGACUUCUUGAAGCGCCAGGCCCAUCCUGAGUCUGGAGAGGUCUUCAUUCGUGUCGUUCAUGUAUCUGACAAAGUGGUGGAGGUCAAACCAGGAAUGAAAUCCAGAUUUGUGGACAGCGGCGAGAUGUCAGAGUCCUUCCCAUACAGGACAAAAGCCCUUUUUGCGUUUGAGGACAUCGACGGUGUGGACGUCUGCUUCUUCGGGAUGCAUGUUCAGGAGUACGGAUCCGACUGCCCUCAGCCCAACCAGAGGCGAGUCUACAUCUCCUACCUGGACAGCGUUCACUUCUUUCGGCCUCGCUGUCUAAGAACAGCAGUUUACCAUGAAAUCCUCAUCAGCUACUUGGAAUACGUCAAGAGAUUAGGUUACACCAUCGGUCACAUCUGGGCCUGCCCGCCUAGUGAGGGAGACGACUACAUCUUCCACUGCCAUCCCUUAGAUCAGAAGAUCCCAAAGCCCAAACGACUGCAGGAGUGGUAUAAGAAGAUGCUGGACAAAGCCGUAGCAGAGCGGAUCGUACACGACUACAAGGAUAUUUUCAAGCAGGCGACGGAGGAUCGUUUAACAAGUGCCAAGGAGCUGCCUUAUUUUGAGGGCGACUUUUGGCCCAACGUGUUGGAGGAGAGCAUCAAGGAGCUGGAGCAGGAGGAGGAAGAGAGGAAACGGGAGGAGAACAGCACCUCUAAUGAGAGCGUCGACGACGCUAAAAGCGACAGCAAAAACGCAAAGAAGAAGAACAACAAGAAGACGAGCAAGAACAAAAGCAGCCUGAGUCGAUCGAAUAAGAAGAAACCAGGGAUGCCAAACGUUUCCAACGAUCUGUCCCAGAAGCUUUACGCGACGAUGGAGAAACACAAGGAGGUGUUCUUCGUCAUCCGGCUGAUCGCAGGCCCCAUGGCCAACGCUUUGCCCCCCAUCGCAGACCCAGACCCCCUGAUGGCGUGCGACCUCAUGGACGGUCGCGAUGCCUUUCUGACUCUGGCACGGGACAAACAUCUGGAAUUCAGCUCGUUGAGGAGGGCCAAAUGGAGCUCCAUGUGCAUGCUAGUGGAGCUGCACAACCAGAGCCAGGACCGCUUUGUUUACACCUGCAACGAGUGCAAGCUCCACGUGGAGACGCGCUUCCACUGCACCGUUUGUGAGGAUUACGACCUGUGCAUCACAUGCUACAACACUAAGGGCCACGAGCACAAGAUGGAGAAGCUAGGCCUGGGCCUGGACGACGAGAGCAGCAACCAGGCCGCCGCCGCCACCCAGAGCCCGGGAGACUCGCGCCGCCUCAGCAUCCAGCGCUGCAUCCAGUCCCUGGUCCACGCGUGCCAGUGCCGCAACGCCAACUGCUCGCUGCCUUCCUGUCAGAAGAUGAAACGCGUGGUCCAGCACACCAAAGGCUGUAAGAGGAAAACCAACGGCGGCUGCCCCAUCUGCAAGCAGCUGAUCGCCCUGUGCUGCUACCACGCCAAGCACUGCCAGGAGAACAAGUGCCCCGUCCCCUUCUGCCUCAACAUCAAGCACAAGCUGCGGCAGCAGCAGCUGCAGCACCGCCUGCAGCAAGCCCAGAUGCUGAGGAGGAGGAUGGCCAGCAUGCAGAGAGUGGGCCAGACCCCCUCGGGGGGCACACCCGGGGGGAGCGGUCUGCCGUCUCCCAGCGGAACCACCGGCCCCGCUACUCCUACGUCUGUCGGGACGCAGCCUCCGACCCCGCAGACCCCCACCCAGGGCAACAUGCCCGCACUUCCUCAGCCCAUGAGCGGGAUGGUGACUCCGGGUCACCAGCAGGGCGGUACGAUCCCCCCCCAGCACCAUCUCCACCAGUUCCAGGCAGAAGGGAUGAUGGUUUCCCCCCAGCAGCAGCAGCACCUCGGCGGUCUGCCUCCAUACAACCCCAGACCCCCCGGGGCGUCUCCUCACCACCCGUCGCUGGGGAAACCCGGUUUGGGUCCGUCCACCCCGACACAGCAACAGCCCAACCAGGGACCGGGGGCCAUGGCCCCUCAGGGCCAGCAGCAGGGGCCUCCGCCGGCCGCCGUAGAGACAGCACUGAAAAUCCAACAACUGGCAGAGAGCCAGAGCCGGAUGGCUCAGGCCCAGGCACGGAUCCGAGGUCUGAUGCCUCAGCACCCCCACCACCAGAACAGCCCGGCCCCGAUGAUGCCCCACAUUGGGGCCCAGAACCAGGGGGGGGUCGGCAGGACUAUUCUGGAGCAGCAGCAGCACGGCGUCAUGCCCGGUGCGCAGCCGCAGCUACCCCCCCAAAUUCAACAGCAGCUACAGCCCACCAACCAGCAGUGGGGCCCCAGGGGCCCGACCAUGAACCCGCAAGUAAGGACAGGCAUGAUGGGCCCAAUGGCCCCACAGCAGCAACAGCAGAUGAAUCCGCAGCAGGCAGGAAACCGAGGCGGGAUGCCGGGGUUGGGGCUUCCAGAAGGGGCCGGGGGGGGCCCUGGGCCGAUGCAAGGAGCAGGCGGCUCCGGAAACCUGCCGCAGGCUGCAGUUCAGGAGCUCCUGCGUACGCUGCGGUCCCCGACCUCACACCUGCAGCAGCAGCAGGUCCUGAACAUCCUUCGCUCCAACCCCACUCUGAUGGCCGCCUUCAUUCGCCAGAGAGCGGCUCGGUACCAGGGGGCCCAGGGAGCCGCAGGGGGGCCGCCAGCGGCGGGGCCUGGAGGCGUACGGUUCCCGGGGAACCCUGGAGGACCCGGGCCCAACCAGCUGGGCGGUUUGGACGGGCAGCAGCAGGUGGUUAACCAGACGGGGAUGAACGUGGCUCAGGGUGCAGGCGGGAACAUGGCCACCAUGGCUCAGCUGCAGCAGCUGCAGCGUCCCAUGUUGCCUGGCAACCUGCAGCAGCAGAUGGCGGCUCUACAGCAGCAGCAGCAGCAAGGGGGGGCGAUGCAAGCGGGACAGCAAGGCAACAUGGCGAACAUGCCCCCCCAGUUCAGAGAGAUGCUGAUGAGGAGACACCUGCAGCAGCAGCAGCAGCAGUUCCAGCAGCAGCAGAGCUUCAUGCAGCCGGGGCAGGCAGGCAUGGCGCCGUCCUCCCAGCCGCAGCCCACAGGGGGGGGCGUGGGGGUUCCUCAGCAGCAGCAGCAGCAGGGAGGAGCGGCGGGGGGGCCGGGCCAGCAGCAGGGAUACCCCAUGUCUCAGGUGGCUGCGGCGCUCCACCAGAAGUUCCAGCAUCAGAUGCAGAUGCAGCAGAACCAGAUGGGGGGGCAUCCAGGACCAGAGGCUGGAGGACCGCCACCCCAGCCGGGACCGGGCGGACCGGGGACGGCGCAGCAGCAGCAGGCCGGCGGCGUGAUGGUCCAUCAGAACCUCCAUCAGAGGCUCCUGCAGCAGCAGCAGCUGGGGGGGGGCUCACCCGCCCACCACAGUAGCCCCAUGAGCCCCCAGAUGGCCCAGUCCCCCCACAUCCAGGGACAGGGAGGUCUGGGCUCGCUCGGCAGUCAGGUCCGUUCCCCCCAGCCCUCGCCCAGGCCGCAGUCCCAGCCGCCGCACUCCAGCCCCUCCCCCCGCAUGCAGCCCCCCUCCCAGCCUCAGCCCUCCCCUCAUCGCAUUUCCCCACAGACCCAAACCGGCUCCCCCCACCCGGGUCACGUGGCUCAGCACCACCCCAGCAACAUGGCUCCGCCUCAGCCUCCGCAGCAGGACCCCGGCCCGUUCGGCGCCGACCAGAACGCCAUCUUGUCCCAGCUGAGCGGGAUGGCGGGGAUGCACGGAGGUCAGGGCAGCCAGGCGGACAUGUUGGGGGGGAACAACAACAACCAGGAGCUGGGGACAAACGUCAACCACAGUCUGAUGUAGCCUCGCCGUGCCGGGGGGGGGG